AAUUUUCAUGCACAAUAAUGAAUCGUCCUGUCCCACUCCCACUGGAUUGCUGGAUUCAGGGCCACGGUAGAGAACGACUUGAUUGACCCUGAUAUGUACCGCCGAAAGGUCUUUUACUUCGUUUCUUCCUUAGUUUUGAUACUAUCAUAUCUCAUCCACAUGUAGAUAGCUGCAUGCCAAAAAAGCAAGCCACACAAACUCUUCUUUAAUGCCUCAACUACCCAUCAAACUAGUUAGACCGUAACCAUAGCUGUCAUUCAACUACCAUUCCUACUUUCUUAUGCCUCGGACUGAAGAUAUUAUAAUUACGCUGUUUAAGCGACAGCAUAGGUUAUAAAACGAUUCGCAUUGGCUGUUUACUCAGUUGUAGGUGUUUUUUCGAGAUCCUUUAUCUCCUUCAGGCUUCAACUUCAUAUGGCUGACUCUGAACAUUCCUCUUCUGGCAAAACUUAUGUGGAGUCUCGAGAGGAAACAAGUGAAGAUUCAAAGCUUAAAUUCUCUGAAGAUGAGGAGACACUUAUAAUUAGGAUGUAUAAUCUGGUUGGAGAGAGGUGGGCUCUUAUUGCUGGGAGAAUCCCUGGAAGGACAGCCGAGGAAAUCCAAGAGUACUGGAAUACUAGGUACUCGACGAGUGAAUGAUGUAUCUUAAAACAUGGUGAUACUUUCCUCUGCCAAUUACAGACAACAGAGUAUGGUGGGUACUUGUUUCACCGACAUAAAACAGGUUAAGAAGAUAUUAAGUUCGAAUUGGCUUCAAAUUCGAAUUAUGCUUGUUCCUGUAACUCUCCAAAUUUGAUAUUUUGGGUUUCACCACUUUCUCUUAUCAUGAUCGUGCCAUAGAAUAUCUUCAUAAGUGUUUUCAUCAUUCAGAAAGAAUCUGGAGAAAAAUCACCAUGCCCCUGGUUCACCAUCAACCACGUUUACCCAAUGAUCUUGUUUGAU